UAUUUCACUCUACUUCCGGCAUCUGAAAUAGAAGAAACUUUUACUUUUCAACUUUGGCAAUCACUAUGUCACAUCAAACAGGAAUUCAGGCUAGUGAUGAUUUGAAAACAUUUUUCUCAACGUGCAAAGAUGGAAGUAUCAGAGCUGUGAAGGUUUCCAUUAUUGAUGAAAAACUAGAGUUGGCAGGAAGUCAGAAUCCAGUAAACACUUGGGAAGAUGAUUAUGACAAAACAGUCCUUCCAAUGCUCGAAGAGAAACAACCAUGUUAUAUAAUAUACAGACUGGACUCAAAGAACAACCUAGGUUAUCAGUGGAUCUUCAUCUCUUGGUCUCCCGAUUUCUCACCGGUCAGACAGAAGAUGUUAUAUGCAGCAACCCGCGCCACACUGAAAACAGAGUUUGGGACAGGUUUGAUCAAAGACGAGAUGUUUGGCACCACCAAAGAAGAUAUAAAUCUCCAUGGUUACAAAAAGCACCUGGCCUCCCAUGAUGCACCUGCACCCUUGACCUUUGCAGAAGAAGAGAAGCAGUUGAUCAAAAAGCAUGAUGUGAAUGCUGUUAGUGUAACAGAUAAACACCAACACAUGACGGGUGUCUACUUCCCUGUCUCAGACCAAGCUUUACAGAAGUUAGAAGAUCUCAGGGAUGGAAAAAUCACAUAUGUACAACUGAGUCUGGAUAUACCAACAGAGACGAUUAACCUAGAAAUGGCUGACAACACAGAUAUCAAGUCGUUGGCUUCUCGAGUCCCAGACGACAGUGCCAGAUAUCACGUCUUCACAUUCAAACACACACACGAAGGAGAUUACACAGAAAGUAUAGUGUUUAUCUACUCCAUGCCUGGAUACAAGUGCUCUAUAAAAGAGAGAAUGCUCUACUCCAGUUGUAAAUCUCCACUGAUCUCCAAAAUAGAGGCCCUGGGUAUAGAGAUUACCAAAAAGUUGGAAGUAGACGAUGCAAAGGAACUUUCAGAAGAAAAUGUUUACGAUGAGAUUCACCCAAAGAAGAAUGUAGCCACCAAGAAAUUCGACAAACCUAAAGGCCCUGCUGGUAGAGGUCCGCGUCGCAUGGCCAAGACGUGAAUAACAAUGGAACAAUAAAAAAAAACCUCUGGUGCUACUGUAAAAUCAUUGAUAAUUAAUUUUAGUGAUUUGCUGUAGUGGACUUUAUUUUAAAAAAUGGACAUAAACAUCAAAGAUCUACUGUAUACAGGAUUAUUUUUACCCCCUCGUUAUUUUUGCCCUUUCACACUUGCAAACAAUUUUGCCCCGUUUUAAUAUUUCGCCCAUUCACAGGUUUAUUUAAAAAUAUAUACUUUUUUCUUUGUAUUGGCCCCGUCUUAAAUUCGCCCACGUGUCAAGGGCGAAGAAGGGCAAAAAUAAUUCGGGGGAAAAAUUUCCCUGUAUACAGUAAUUAAAUUCAUGUAGAUAGGGCAUCUGGUAUGCAUUUAUCACAUAGAUAAAUUAUUAAGUUAUAUUUGUUAACAUUUUAUGCAUACAAGUGGGAAAAAAGUUAAAAUUAGAUAUGUACAUGGUAAAUUAUUUGGAAAGAAACUUAUUUUCCCAAUAAUGAUUCUAGGUUGUUAAUUCAUGAAAAAUAUGCUUGAUCUAUGGAUGACAACUCUUCUACUAAUUCAUAAAAAUUGU